UUAUUAUUUUAAUGUAGGAAAAAAGCGGUAGGAAUUUAUAAGUAACUAUACGAAAUAUCCUUUAAUUUUGUAGCAUACGUAAAUACGUACUCUGCUUGGAUAAAUCAAGUAGAACAGGUUAUGUUUCUAAUUAAGAAAUCAUUAUAAAAUUCAGUAAAAGUUAUUAUAAAAUUCGAACAUAUCGUAUAUGAGAUUAAUUACCAACGCGUAUCGUAUAAGUAUACAUGCAUGUGUAAAUACGUUGCUUUGCACCUGCAAUAGAAUAGCGUGCCAUAACAGCAGUUGCAGUUUAAAGUAAGUACAGCUGGUUACAUAUCUUUGAAAAUUACUUAUAAUAUCCAUAAUGGAUGAAAUUGAUGAAUUGAGGCAAAAAAUCAAAGAACUUGAAGACAAACUACUUCAAAAACAACAUAAAAAUACGUUUACUACAAGAGCAAAAAUAGAACAUAUGUCAAGUGAAGUGACUGAUGCAAAUCCUUACAGUCGUUUGAUGGCAUUAAAACGUAUGGGUAUAGUAAAUAAUUAUGAAAGAAUAAAAGAAUUAACAAUUGCUAUAGUUGGAAUAGGCGGAGUUGGUAGUGUGACUGCAGAAAUGCUAACAAGAUGUGGAAUUGGCAAGUUGAUUCUUUUUGACUAUGACAAAGUAGAAAUGGCUAAUAUGAAUAGACUUUUCUUCCAACCUUACCAAGCUGGCCAAAAUAAAGUAGAAGCAGCAGCAACAACAUUGCAAUAUAUUAAUCCAGAUGUAGAGAUUGAAACUUACAAUUACAACAUUACUACAAUGGAUCAUUUUGAAGAUUUUACAAAUAUCAUAAGCACAGCAAGUUUAAAUGAGGGUCCAGUAGAUUUAGUUUUGAGCUGUGUAGACAAUUUUGAAGCACGAAUGGCGAUUAAUACCGCAUGUAACGAACUUAAUCAGAAGUGGUUUGAAAGUGGGGUAUCUGAAAAUGCAGUUUCAGGUCAUAUUCAAUUUAUUAUUCCUGGAGAAACAGCUUGUUUUGCGUGUGCUCCUCCAUUAGUAGUAGCAGAAAACAUUGAUGAAAAAACUCUGAAACGAGAUGGGGUUUGCGCAGCAUCUUUGCCAACAACUAUGGGAAUUGUUGCAGGCUUUUUAGUUCAAAAUGCAUUGAAGUAUCUUUUAAACUUUGGUGAUGUUACCUAUUAUUUGGGUUAUAAUGCUAUGGAAGAUUUUUUUCCUAAAAUGAUAUUGAAACCAAAUCCAAACUGUGAAGAUAGGUAUUGUAGAAAACAUCAACUAGAAUAUGCGUUGAAACCAAAACCAGAACAAAAGAUAGAGAAAACAGUCGAAGAUAAGCCUCUUCAUGAAGAUAAUGAAUGGGGAAUUUCUCUUCUUGAUGAACAAGAUCAACAAAUGGAUGAAAAAUCUCAAAUUAAUCAAAUUCCAUCUGAAUCUGAUGCUAGUUUAGAGGAACUGAUGGCACAAAUGAAAUCCAUUUGAGUUUUAUUCAGAGAGUUUCCAAGAAUAGUAAUAAUAUUUCAUACGAAUAAUAAUAUUAUUUAUACAUUCCACUUAUAUUUUUUAUAUUAUUCGUAUCACACGUAAAAAAAGAGAUUAAUAUAUGUCGCGAUAUUAUAUACAAUAUACAAUAUUGUACACAUAUGUACGGGUUAUUCAAUACAACAAAUUUAUUAAAGUUA